AUGGCCUCCAAUAACAAUGCAAAGUUUAAGCUGGAGAAUGUCUUCAACGUGAAGGGCAAGAUCGCCCUAGUCACCGGCGGUGGAUCCGGGAUCGGCCUGAUGGCCACGCAGGCCCUCGCCGUCAACGGCGCCAAAGUCUACAUCACGGGCCGGACGGGCGAGAAGCUCGACCGCGUGGCCGAGGUCUACGGCAAGGACAUCCCGGGCCAGAUCAUCCCCCUGACAUCGGACAUCACCUCCAAGGCCUCGAUCGCGGAGCUGGUGCGGGACAUCUCCUCCCGCGAGCCGCACCUGUCCAUCCUGAUCAACAACGCCGGCGUGUCGUCCGCGACGCAGGACACCGACGCGGAGACGUCGACGGGCCUGCGCGGGGCGCUCUUCGACGACGAGAACGCCACGUUCGAGCAGUGGGAGAGCGUCUACCGCACCAACGUCGGGCAGCUGUUCUUCACGACGGCGGCGUUCCUGCCGCUGCUGCAGAAGGGGUCCGAGGCCGAGCGCGGCUGGUCCAGCACCGUCGUCAACGUCAGCUCCAUCUCGGGCAUCGUCAAGGUGGCGCAGCACCACUUCGCCUACAACGCGUCCAAGGCGGCGGCCAUCCACCUGACAAAGAUGCUGGCGCAGGAGGUGGCGAGCUCGGGGCUGCGCAUCCGCGUGAAUAAUAUCGCGCCGGGGGUCUUCCCGUCCGAGAUGACGGCCGGGGAGAGCGAUGAGAAGCAGAAGAGCUCCAUUCCCAAGGAGAAGUACGAGGGGAAGGUGCCGGCCGCGAGGCCGGGCAAGGAUGAGGAUAUGGCGGGGGCGGUGCUGUUUACGACGACGAACCAGUAUCUGAAUGGGCAGACGAUUGUGGUUGAUGGUGGCUAUGUGCUGGCGGCUGGGACGGUCUAA